AUGUCGCGCGGUGGCGCGAUUGCGGAGGCCGAUGUCGAGAGACACGCAGAUCGCGAGAAGCGGGGCGAGUGGGGGCACCUCUGGGAGGAACGUGUGUCGCGCGUCCAUCCCUCCAUCUGCCCGUCCGUCCGUCACGCCAGACGCCAUUUGGCCGCAUCGACAGACCGAGACACUCGCUGCUGGACUUUGGGCGCUGGGCUGGCCACCAUGCCCCGCACGACAGACGGGGGGUGCACGCACGCCACGGCCCAGGCCCCAGACGCGCCCCGCGACAUUGCUGUCGCGCAUUCCUCGCACAGGGACGUGCGGGCGGUGCAAAUCGAUCUGCACGGGCACCGAUGGGGGUCGCCCGGGAUCCGCGCCGGACCAGUCUGGCUCCGUCGCGCAUUUGGAACGGCUGCUAGAUGUGCCCACCCGAGCCUCCUUCUCGCCCCAGAAGAUACGGCCUGUCCGCGAAGCACCCGCAUCCCACCUAUCCAGAUCCUGCUUGAAAGAGUGGCUGCUGGGUCCACCGCUAGCACGGCAGGUGCGUCCGCUUCUCUUCUGGCGGCUCGUGCUGCCGCGGAGCGAGCAGUGGCCAACCUGCCGUGUCGCUCGUUCCGUAUCGAUGAGAUCUCACGCUAG